UCCCCUCUCGGUCGUAUCGCCGCUCCGAACCCUGCAUCCAUUUUUUGGCACAAAAGCGCUCCUCCCUCCCCAAUUUACUUAACCUCGUCCCUGCUCCGCCCGCUCUCUCCUUCUCCUCGCCCUCUCGACGGCCAUGCAGACCAUUCGCGUCCCCUCCAUGGAAGGCCUCCGAUUCUCCCCCUCGUUUCCGCCCCCCGCCGCUCCCUCCCGGCGCGGCCUCGUCCGCCGAUCCAUCCGGCGGCCGGCCGUCCGCGCCUCCGUCGCGGCGGCGCCUCGGAGGGAGACGGAUCCGAGGAAGCGGGUGGUGAUAACGGGGAUGGGGCUGGUGUCGGUGUUCGGGAACGACGUCGAUGUCUACUACGAGAAGCUGCUGGAAGGGGAGAGUGGGAUCGGGCCGAUCGACCGGUUCGACGCCUCUAAGUUCCCAACAAGGUUCGCCGGCCAGAUUAGGGGGUUCUCGUCGGAGGGAUACAUCGACGGCAAGAACGACCGCAGGCUCGAUGACUGCCUCCGGUACUGCCUCGUCAGUGGCAAGAAGGCGCUCGAGAGCACCGGGCUUGAGGUUGGGAGCAAGGCCCUCAGCAAGAUUGACAAGGUACGAGCUGGUGUACUUGUGGGGACGGGCAUGGGUGGCCUUACAGUGUUUUCUGAUGGUGUCCAGGCUCUCAUAGAGAAAGGCUACAGGAAAAUAACUCCAUUUUUUAUUCCUUAUGCCAUAACAAACAUGGGCUCAGCCCUGCUGGCAAUGGAUAUUGGCUUCAUGGGUGCAAACUAUUCAAUUUCAACUGCCUGUGCUACUUCGAAUUAUUGUUUCUAUGCUGCUGCCAACCAUAUUCGUCGUGGUGAGGCCGAUGUAAUGAUUGCUGGUGGUACAGAAGCUGCAAUUAUUCCUAUUGGUAUUGGAGGUUUUGUAGCAUGUAGAGCAUUGUCACAGAGAAAUGACGAGCCCAAAACUGCAUCAAGGCCAUGGGACAAAGGUAGAGAUGGCUUUGUUAUGGGAGAAGGUGCUGGAGUGUUGGUUUUGGAGAGUCUGGAACAUGCAAUGAAACGUGGUGCACCUAUUAUUGCUGAGUACCUGGGAGGUGCUGUUAACUGUGAUGCUUAUCAUAUGACGGAUCCUAGAGCUGAUGGGCUUGGCGUUUCAUCUUGUAUCCAAAAAAGUCUUGAAGAUGCUGGUGUUGCACCAGAGGAGGUUAACUAUAUCAAUGCCCAUGCAACUUCCACACUUGCUGGUGACCUAGCUGAGGUAAAUGCCAUUAAACAGGUGUUCAAGAACCCAUCACACAUCAAGAUCAAUGCAACCAAGUCUAUGAUAGGGCACUGCCUUGGUGCAGCUGGGGGUUUAGAAGCGAUUGCAACAGUGAAAGCCAUAACUACUGGGUGGCUGCAUCCAACAAUCAACCAAUUUAAUCCGGAGCCUGCAGUUGAAUUUGAUACAGUGGCAAAUAAAAAGCAGCAACAUGAGGUGAAUGUUGCCAUUUCUAAUUCAUUUGGAUUUGGAGGACACAACUCGGUGGUGGUGUUUGCGCCUUUUAAGCCAUGAUCCAUCAUAGUUUGCCUUUGGCAUUCUGUUUCAACUACAGAAUUUUCCACAUUGAGGGGGAAAAGAAUUUAGUUAUUUCAAGUAGGCAUUUUCCAUUUUACUGAAGCAAGUUUUGACAACAAAAGCUUUUAAUUAUGUGGGAGUGGUAGCGUUAGGUGGUUUAAUGCGGCGGCUUCGGUCAUUUUAAGUUUAGGAAGAGCAUUCAUACUGCGGGCCCCCUGUGAUUGAACUCUGAGAGAUGUUGUGUCUUUAACAUUGAUUAGUUUUUCCACAAAAAGAAGUGCUUAGUUUUAUUAAUUAAUUUCUUUGAAGUAGAAUUAUUUCCAUUCUACUUAUCUAU